AUUUCACAACGGCAACGAAAUAAAAACAUUGACGUCCGCCGCCGCUAGAAGUGGAAGCAAACAUUGUUAUUUGUAUUUCCAUCCGCUCGAAAUACAGCACGGAAACUUACCGGAACGGAGGAAACUGAGACGCGUAACUGCGUAAAAUAACUUAUUCUCCCAUGAACCAGCGUAGCUACAUUUUUUGAGAGUUCUACGACGGUUUUACCGUAAAAAACGUUGUGGGGUUGUGAAAUACCCCUACCGAUUCGACAGCAUUGAGUGUUCUGGAGUAUUCCGCCUCGGGAAAGCCGUAAGCACUCUCUUCGGAAUGAUUUCAGUGACGAAAUUAUAAAGCAAACGAUCCGGUAAUGGUACAGCAAAGCAAGUGAAGAAACUGUGCGUUGCAUCGUUGCUAAACAUCGCGUGUUAUGUAAACAGUUUGGUUAUAGUUAUUGGCUGUAAUAACCCCUAAAACUCACCGGAUACAAAAAUGCAUCACCUUGAAAGAUGUAGACAGCUGAUAAACAACACCGUCCUGAAGGUGGUGAUGCGACGCUUAGAACCAGCCAUCUCGAUUGCGCACCGUACCGCUCCUAGUCAAUCGAACCGAGAUGCAUUGUUUCGUGCAAUACCGGCUGUGCCGAGUGGCAGACCGUUUUGUCCCACCCAGAAACAGCUUCGCCAGCUGCACGCCGAACAGCGGGCUCUGCUGCGUAUGCUGUGCGAUUCCAGCUCGAUUCCGGCGUACGUAUUGGCGCGCCAUCUGCACACAUCGGCACGCAAGCUGGACAAACAGCAGCCCCAGAAGCAGAAACCAUCGGACCGGGAUGACGACCCGAACCGGGGCAACAAGAAGGACGACGAGGACGAUAAGGAGAAAAUGAUGUCCGUGGUGACGAAGACGCUCAUCUGGAUGAUCACGAUUUAUCUGCUGGUGGGUUUUCUGUCGAUGGUGUUGCCUUCCCGUAACCGGCCCGAAUCCGCCACACGCUACGUCAGCUGGCACGAGUUCGUGCAUCAUAUGCUGGCGGUGGGCGAGGUGAAGGAGGUGGUGGUGCACCCGGACAUGGAGAUGGUGACCAUCAUCCUGCACGACGGUGCGAUCGUGAAGGGACGCCGCGUGCAGUCGAACAUCUUCCACAUGGCGGUGGCCGAUGUGAACAAGUUCGAGGAGAAGCUGCGGUCCGUCGAACAGAGGCUCGGCGUAAAGGAGGGUGUAUCGGUGCAGUUCGAGCGCAGCGGUGACGUUAGUGGACGCAUUUUAUUUACACUGUUCGCGACCGGUGUCAUCAUUGCGCUGCUGAGUCGCAUUCGGGGCGGUCGCGGUCCGAUCUCGAUGGACAGCUUCACGCAGAUGGGCCGCGCCAAAUUCACGCUGGUCGAUCCGAUCGAGGGAGGGCGGGGCGUGUGGUUCCGCGAUGUGGCCGGACUGCAGGAGGCGAAGCAGGAGGUGAUGGAGUUUGUCGAUUAUCUGAAAUCGCCCGGCCGUUACCAGCGGCUUGGUGCGAAGGUACCGAAGGGUGCGCUACUACUCGGCCCGCCCGGCUGUGGUAAAACGUUGCUGGCGAAGGCGGUCGCAACGGAAGCACAGGUUCCGUUUCUCAGCAUGAACGGGUCGGAGUUUAUCGAAAUGAUCGGUGGAUUAGGUGCGGCCCGUGUACGUGAUCUGUUCAAGGAGGCAAAGAAACGCUCACCGUGCAUUAUCUACGUGGAUGAGAUCGAUGCGAUUGGACGGCAGCGCGAGGGAGGAUCGGCCGGCGCCGGUGGUAUGAACUCGGGCGAGUCGGAGCAAACGCUGAACCAGCUGCUGGUCGAAAUGGAUGGUAUGGCGAGUAAGGAGGGUGUAUUGAUGCUUGCCAGCACUAACCGGGCCGACAUCUUGGAUAAGGCGUUAUUGCGUCCGGGUCGGUUCGAUCGGCACAUCCUGAUCGAUCUGCCCAAUCUGGCCGAACGCAAGGAGAUCUUCGAGAAGCACCUGUCCGGGAUUGCGCUUGAGCAACCACCGGCCACCUACUCGAGCCGGUUGGCCACGCUGACGCCCGGGUUUUCCGGUGCGGAUAUUGCGAACGUUUGCAACGAGGCGGCUCUGCAUGCUGCCCGCACCAACCAGAAGGUGGUACGCACGGCCAACCUGGAGUACGCGGUGGAACGGCUGGUGGGCGGUACGGAAAAACGUUCCCAUGCCCUUUCGCCCACCGAACGGCGGGUGAUCGCAUUUCACGAGUCGGGCCACGCGCUUGUCGGUUGGAUGCUGCCCAACUCGGACGUGCUGCUAAAGGUAACGAUCGUGCCGCGCACGAGUUUGGCGCUCGGGUUCGCCCAGUACACACCCAAAGAGCAGAAAUUGUACACGCGCGAGCAGCUGUUCGAUAAAAUGUGUAUGGCGUUGGGUGGUCGGGCGGCGGAGAAUCUUACCUUCAACCGUAUCACUACCGGCGCACAGAACGAUCUCGAAAAGGUGACCAAAAUGGCGUACGCCCAGAUAAAAUACUUUGGCAUGAACAGCAACGUGGGCCCAAUUGCAUUCGCGGAGGAAAGCGAUAACGACCCGUACGCGAAGAAACCGUACUCCAAAAGUCUGGGCAAUUUGAUCGAUUUUGAAGCGCGGAAAAUGAUUACCGACGCGUACGAGCGUACGGAGCAAAUUCUACGCGACAAUUCGGACAAGUUGAACCGGCUGGCGGAGGCACUGCUCGAGAAGGAAACGCUUAACUACGACCAGGUGGUGGAGCUGAUCGGGCCACCAAAGUAUGACGAUGCGAAGCGUAAGAUGGAACCGGUCGAUUUCGAGGACAGUUUGAAACGGUUAGCCCAGAACGGAGCGGAAGAGAAGUGAGCCCCGAUAUGCGGGAUGGUUACGAUGGCACUCGGAAGGGUAGGCGUGCGUGUAGUCGAACGAAAUGCAGGAUUUAGCCGCCGGGCGAGUUGGGCAGAUUGUUUGUUUAGCUGUAAAUAAACGAUUUGAUUAAUCGUACUUGUUACAUAACAA